UUAAAAGAGGAAAUCCACAAAUAGUCAGGUAAAUAGAGAAAGAAGAGAAAAAAGGUUUUUGAUUAUUUUUGUGCCAGCGGAAGGAACGUUUCAACUCCAUUUUUCCCGGCCAAAGCUAACUAAACAAACUCUUGGUUUUUCGUUUUUUGUCUUCUCAUUUUUGUUUUUUUGGUUUUAUUGCUUUUUCCCCUCUUUCUUUGGGUAAUAAUAGGGUUUUCAAUUUUUUUGGUACAAAAGUCCGCUCCUUUCGAAUCCGCAAUGCCCAGAUGGUCGAUUAACACAAAUAUCAAGAAUUUCCUAUUCCAGGCCUGUGUUCUAUAGUUCUCAAGAUCUGAAAGGCUCAAUCUUUUUGUGGAUUUUCCCUGAAAUUAUAAAUCUUUUGAGGGGGAAAUGAGUGCUUCGAGGUUCGUAAAGUGCGUGACGGUUGGUGAUGGAGCUGUCGGAAAAACAUGUUUGUUGAUUUCUUACACAAGCAACACUUUCCCUACGGAUUAUGUGCCUACCGUUUUCGAUAAUUUCAGUGCAAAUGUUGUUGUUAAUGGAAGCACCGUGAAUCUUGGAUUGUGGGAUACUGCAGGGCAAGAGGAUUACAACAGAUUAAGACCACUGAGCUACCGUGGAGCAGAUGUUUUCAUUUUGGCUUUCUCUCUUAUCAGUAAAGCCAGUUAUGAAAACGUUUCCAAAAAGUGGAUCCCGGAGUUGAAACAUUAUGCGCCUGGUGUCCCCAUCGUCCUUGUUGGAACAAAGCUUGAUCUUCGAGAUGAUAAACAGUUCUUUAUCGACCAUCCUGGCGCUGUCCCGAUUACUACUGCUCAGGGAGAGGAGCUGAGGAAGCAAAUAGGAGCACCUACUUACAUCGAAUGCAGUUCCAAAACUCAAGAGAAUGUGAAGGCGGUGUUUGACGCAGCCAUCCGAGUGGUGUUGCAACCGCCAAAGCAGAAGAAGAAGAAGAGCAAAGCGCAGAAGGCUUGCUCCAUUCUAUGAUUGGAAAUCUCUGUUUUUUAUGUAUUUGGUUUUGGUAUAUUAAUGUUCUAACAAUGAAUGAAUCAAUAUGUUAAUGGACGGGACACCCUUUUUGUUCUUAAUAUUGAUGGAGUUUUGUCUGAA